UCCUGCCUCCUCUCCUGUGCGCAGCGCUCCGGCCCGGCCGCUCCUUCCUUCCUCAUUUCCUUCCCACAGCUGGCUCUCUCCUCUGGAUGCUGGCUUUGUCCUUUCACACAUCGUGCUGGACCAAAUACUUAAGAGGGUGGAAUGACUGACUAUCUGUUUUGCAUGGUCUGAAUUUCGGGAAAUUCGCACGUCGGAAAGGAGGGGAGUCAAGAGGGAAAAAGGAGGCUCUCCAUCCCCCGAGGGAAUUUAUUUUACAGAGGUAUGCCAGUGCCUGAGGUGGCGUCUGACACUGCCAGCGCUGCCACCAUGUUGAGCCCCGUCCUCAACGCCUCCAAUGGAGACGGCUCCGAGUCUGAAACCACCUCCGCCAUCCUCGCCUCUGUCAAGGAACAGGAGUUGCAGUUUGAACGUCUGACCAGGGAGCUGGAAGCCGAACGACAGAUUGUUGCCAGUCAGUUGGAGAGAUGCAAGCUUGGCUCUGAGACUGGAAGCAUGACUAGCAUCAGUUCAACCGAUGAGAAAUUUCGCUGGAACAACCAAGAUGGACAGAAGGACAUAGAGGAGGAGCUGACAACAGGCCUGGAACUGGUGGACUCUUGCAUCCGAUCACUCCAGGAAUCCGGCAUCUUGGACUCGCAGGACACUUCUACAGGAGACAGACAAGGACUUCUGUCCCAAAGUGCUUUGCAGCUCAACAACCAGGAUGCUUAUGCAGCAGCUGGUUAUCAUAGUAACCAAGGACUGGCACUUGGGGAAUCGAUCACAGGCCGCAGCGGGCAGGUUGGAGGGGCUGUUCACAUCUACAACCAGGUGACAUCCAGCCGUGCAGCUGCCCACUUGGUGGGAACAGACUCUCCCUCCCAGUCCCAGAGAGACUCAUUUGCCCAGCAGGCCCAUGGCAGCGCCUUCCACAUGCCCACUGAGGGUGGAUCCGCACCUGCUGGACCACCCAUGUAUUACUCCUGUGCCACUUUGCCUGCACAGCGUGUGAGCUCCCCUCUGCAGGCGGUGGGAUCUCCUACCAAGCUGCAGCGCCUGGGAUCAGCCUCCUCUGACAUGCCCAGCUAUGCCACACUACAGAGGGUGUCCUCGCCCAAACAGUCACCCAGCCGACUCGCCAAGUCUUACAGCACCUCAUCGCCCAUCAACAUGGCCGCUGGCUCGUCCUCCCCCCUCUCCAUGGCAGCCUCCCCAGGGGGCAACCACACCUCAUCGCCCAUCCACCAGCUGAGCUCAGUGGUGGGCAGCUACGCCACCCUGUCGCCCACCAAGCGGAUGCUGCAUCACAUCGGAGCAGACAGCUACAAGAUUUCCCACGAGCUGUACGCCAACGCAACCCUGCAAAGGCCUGGUAGCCUGGCAGGUAGAGGAUCCAGAGGUUCCUAUAGCAGCCAGCACAGUCACCUGGGCUCUGAGCUACGACCUCUGCAGUCUCCUGAACACCACAUCGACCCCAUCUACGAAGAUAGAGUCUACACCAAACCCAACCUUAGAGGACAAGUGGUGAACCAAUUGUACCAAGAGGUCCUCAACUAUCUGCUCUGUCCCUACGCCCCUCUUCCUGCUUUAGCCCCGCCUUCCCCCGGUGUCGACCCAAUCCCCUUGCAGCGAACAGGAAGCCAAAGCGCCACGGCCACCUUUCAAAGAGGCAGCUUUGCCGCAGGAGGCGGGGCAGCUGACUACGCCAACCCGUACCGCACUCUGCAGUUCUGCCCAUCCACCGAGUCGCCUUACAGCAAGUCGGGCCCUGCCCUCCCCCCUGAGGCUGCCCUAGGCCGGUCUCCAUCAGUGGACAGCAUCCAGAAGGACCCAAGGUACGACCCCGAAUUCCUUGUGUGGAAUCAAAAUCAAGCCGAGCAAAGAAUGACAAAGGAGUUUGGCUGGAGGGAUCCAGAACUGCCUGAGGUGAUCCAGAUGUUGCAGCAUCAGUUCCCAUCAGUCCAGUCCAACGCUGCUGCCUACCUCCAGCACCUCUGCUUUGGAGACAACAAGAUCAAAUCUGAGAUCCGGCGGCAGGGCGGUAUCCAGCUGCUCGUGGACUUGUUGGACCACCGGAUGACCGACGUGCACCGCAGCGCCUGCGGGGCCCUGAGGAACCUGGUGUACGGCAAAGCCAAUGACGACAACAAGAUCGCCCUGAAGAACUGCGGAGGCAUACCGGCUCUGGUCCGACUGCUCCGAAAGACCACAGAUGUGGAGAUCCGAGAGCUGCUCACAGGUGUUUUGUGGAACCUGUCGUCAUGUGACGCCCUGAAGAUGCCCAUCAUCCAGGAUGCCCUGGCCGUGCUGACCAACGCUGUGAUCAUCCCCCACUCGGGCUGGGACACCUCCCCCCACACACAGGAAGACCGCAAGCUGCACCUACACUCCUCCCAGGUCCUCCGCAACGCCACAGGCUGCCUCCGGAAUGUGAGUUCUGCAGGCGAGGAGGCCCGGAGGAGGAUGAGGGAAUGCGAGGGCCUGACAGACGCUCUGCUCUACGUCAUCCAGACUGCUCUAGGGAGCAGUGAGAUUGACAGCAAGACCGUAGAGAACUGUGUGUGCAUCCUGAGGAACUUGUCGUACCGUCUGGCAGCGGAGACGUCUCAGAGCCAGCAGGGAGGGUCAGAGGAGUUGGACGGUCUUUUAUGUGACACCGGCGGGAAGGACGCAGAGAGCUCCGGAUGCUGGGGCAAGAAGAAGAAGAAAAAGAAGGGACAUGACCAGUGGGAUGGCGUCGGCCCAUUUCCAGACUUGGCGGAGCCCCCGAAAGGCAUCCAGAUGUUAUGGCACCCCACCAUCGUCAAGCCCUACCUAACACUGCUGUCUGAGUGCUCCAACCCAGACACCCUGGAGGGAGCAGCUGGGGCUCUGCAGAACCUAGCUGCUGGCAGCUGGAAGUGGUCGGUGUAUAUCCGGGCCGCAGUGCGUAAAGAGAAGGGCCUCCCUAUCCUUGUGGAGUUGCUGAGGAUAGACAAUGACCGGGUAGUUUGUGCCGUGGCCACCGCGCUGAGAAACAUGGCUCUGGAUAUCAGGAACAAGGAGCUCAUUGGUAAAUACGCCAUGAGGGACUUGGUGCAUCGUUUGCCUGGAGGCAGCAACAACAACAACACCACUAGCGGUGGGGGAGGAGGAGUCGGCAACACCAGCAGCCUGGUGGGGAAGACCAUGUCGGACGACACCAUCACGGCUAUCUGCUGCGCACUGCAUGAGGUCAUCACCAAGAACAUGGAGAACACCAAGGCCCUGAGGGAUGCUGGCGGCAUAGAGAAGCUCAUCGGCGUCGCCCGCAGCAAAGGAGACAAAAUUCCCAGACAUAGUCCUAAAGUGGUGAAAGCAGCAUCUCAAGUCCUGAACAGCAUGUGGCAAUACAGAGACCUCCGCAGCCUCUACAAAAAGGAUGGCUAUUCCCAGUACCAUUUUGUCGGCUCUUCCUCCACAAUAGAGAGAGACAGACAGCGACCUUAUUCUUCCUCUCGUACUCCGUCCAUCUCUCCCGUACGGACCUCACCCAACAAUCGAUCAGCAAGCGCCCCUGCUUCCCCCAGGGAGAUGAUGGCUUUGAAGGAGAGGAAGGCAGACUAUGAGUCGACUGGCAAUGCCAGUUACCAUGGCAACAAGGGCGAACACACAUCCCGGAAGGACGCCAUGACGGGGCAAAUGUCCGGUGGGUCUUCCACGCUACUCAGAGGAGCAUACGUGUCACCUACUGAUGACCUGAAGUAUAAUCAGAUCUCUUCUCAAGGCCUGCCUUCAGAGCCAUACCCUCCUUUCCAAAACCCUCCCCCGCCCGAAAGUGUCAAUUACGAGGACCAGGCCUUCUAUGAGAACCAGGUUCACGCGGGAGGGCGCCCCCCACAGGGUGAACUCAACAUGCACCUGCAGGGCCUCAAGUCCACCGGCAACUAUGUAGACUUCUACUCAGCCUCACGGCCCUACAGCGAGCUCAACUAUGAGACCAGCCACUAUCCAGCCUCACCAGACUCCUGGGUCUGAGGGGAGAAGAGGGUGGAGGAGAAGGAGGAGGAGAGGAUGGAUGAGGGAGAACAUGACGAUGAAGGGGUUAGUUUAAAAAGAGGAAGAAAGAAGAUGAGAGGACAGUUGCCAUGCCUCCCCAUCCUCCCCUGUAGCUCCUGAGUAGCAUCAUAGGUAGCAGGAUGACAGAGGGGGAGGAUGGAGUGCAGUAAAAGAGACAUGGGGAGCAAAUUCUAGACUUUACACUCCUUUCAGUGACAUCUGAGUGAGGACAGAUAGGGGGGCAAAGGAAGAACAGAAGCAAACAGAGGAGCGGCCAUGCAUGUGCAUGCAUACCACCAACAAAACCGACAGACACAUUUUCUUUCUGUGUUUAGUUUGUGAUCAACUACUGCUAGGUUCAACAGGCAGAAAGACCGCCUGCACCCGAAAGCCUCCGGAUACAGAACGUAAGAGGGACGGAUAUGAUGUAAGAGAACUUGAUGGGAAAGAUAGAAAAAGUGGGAAAUGUAUAGAAAUGCAGAAUGACAAUGAAAGAGAAAAAUGGAUUGGUGGACUUGAGGACGGAAGGUUUUGGUUUGCGAAUGGAACGUGUGAGAGAUACCCAGGCGAAACCUGUAAAUAUGUGGUAUAGCAACAUGGCUUUUAGUAAUGUGAAGCACAAGAAGCAGAUCUGUAGGACAUGUAGGACGUCUGUCACAAACUUUUGUUUCUCUCUCUACGGCUUCAGCGUGAUGUAUCCUCCUCUGGGCAAAGAAUGCUUCUGGACCUUGUCAUUUGUAACAGUUUUUUUUUCCUCUUUCUUUUGUUGUGUUUCUACUUUUUUAAUUCUCGAUUCUGGUUGUAUAGUAUUUGAUGUACACUGUACAUUUUCUCAGAUGCAUUGUGUACUGUACAUUGCACUAUUUUCUGUGUCACGUCAGACCUUUUGCCAUUAGGUCAACCUCACUUCCUCACUAACAACCCCACACACAAAUGCACACAGUAUCUGCACUCUAAACUAAAAUUCAUAUCACAGCUACAGACGGACACACUGGAUAUGAAUUGGGUAUUGAAGCAUCAAUUCUGGUAGGUCACGGUGCUCCCUUUACUGCCCUACAGAUAGCUGACAGAAUAGCUGACAGCACAGCUGCCAAAAUAGCUGAGGAGAGGCUUAAAAAGCUAAGCAGCCUUUUCCGGGACUUUAUUUUUUUUUUUUUGAGGCAAGUGUUGUUUCUUUGGCGGCUAUCUUUCCACAUUAACACCUCAAAUCUCCUUUUUGUUCCCAUGACCCCUUGCUUUGAGUGAACUGUGCUCAUUGUGUAUAUAACCGUGCCAAACAAGGGUUACUUCCCCUCAGCUGAAGAAGGCUGUGGGGAAGGAUAGGGGCGUGUUAAAGGGUCCAAGUUCAGCUGAAGUUCUCAGCUGAACAUCCUUGCGGUUCUAACGAUGCCAGUUUGUAAAUGCUUUGGUUUUUCUAAACUGUGUUUUACGGGGAUGAAAACUGUCUUAACUGCACUGGGACUUGGGCGAAAAAACAUAAAAACUGAACUAAAAACAAACAAAAAAAAAGCAAACGGAAACCAUAGAGGGACUGUGACCAGGCGGAGCAUCGCUUCCUCCAAAGUUGUACAAAAUUAGUUGACUUCUGUGUUGUAAAAUAAUCAAUGUUUGAAUUACAAAAAAAACUUUUCUGAGAGAUGGGUGGCAAUUCUAACUUCAUGGUAGACAAAACUGUUAAUAGAGUACGGAUAUAUAUUAUAUAAAUAUAAAUAUAUACUUUUUAUGUGCAGAUGUGGAUGUCACUUAUAGCAGCAACAUUAUAGAAAAAGACUUGUAAAAAAAACCCGCUACAUGUAGGAAUUUUGUUCACAUUUUAUUUUCUGGUCAACACACUAAAUUGUCGACUUUGUGUAGUAAUGUUGUUGCUAUGUGGAGUAGAGUAGACCAGGGCCCAGGGAUCCACGUUGUCACUAAAGCAGUCUAAAACGGUGCUAAAUCAGUGAGAAGUAUUUCCAACAUGUCUGUAUUUAUCUGUGCAAACAAUGUCCACUUUUGCAUUGAUAACAAACUGAUUAUCAGCCGUGAGUUCUGAUCAUUCCACAGGUGAUCACAUUUGAAACUACACAACAGAGAACAAUCACAAGUUUGAUUCCUCCUCUAAGUGUGUUUCCCUUGCAUGAAAUUCUGAUCAAUUGGUCUCAUGACGCAAAAAACUGCACCCAUGCAUGCAUGAGUAUUUGUUGUCAGUAAGCCUAAAUCUGAAACUAAAUGGUGAUUUUACUAUUUUGUUUACUUUUGUUUUAAAGUGAAAAAGGCUAAAUUGUAAAACGUGACAACAGACCCUGGUUCUCCCUACCCACUGCUGUUUAAAAGUCCUAAAGGUCAUCUUCCGAUGCUUGAAAAAUGGCUAAUAAUGCAAGUGUCCCCACAAAAACACUGGAUGAAAAACGGGCGUACUGUAUUUGUUAGUGAGCGUCUGGAAACUGACACUGUUAUGUAUGUCAUUGUGAUCCUUAGGCAGAGAAAACCUGACUAUUAAGACCUGUAUGGAGAAAUAACGUCGGUGACCUUUUUAUUGCUAGACCAAACGUGUUUUAAAAAGAGAAUUGUGAAUCUUUCUAUUGCCUCAAACAAAUUGCAACUGCUCCAAAAAAUAUAAACGGACCAUCGAAGAGCCUCUGA